AUGGCUAGUGGCGGUAUGGCGGCUCGAAGGAACCACCGCGAACCCAAGUGGGAGGCUAUCGCGCGGCCUGUUGGCCCUCACGAUACAACGCCGGCGGUCCAGGUCGAAGUCGACGGCGUCGUCGAGGUGCGCGAGCUCGGGGAGCGCGCCGUGCCUCGGCAGGUGCUUGUCCCGGAGCUGACCCAGGACGCAGUCGCCAAGGGCCUCUCGGACAAGGCGAAGCGCACCGUGUACAUCGCGGAGACCUGCGCCUUCGCAAUGCAAAAACACAUAAUAGAAAUCAGGCGCGAAAGCCCCAGCGUCACAUUUUCUUUCGAGCAUCCCUCAGGCAUCGUCCACACCAAGCCCUGGUUCCAAGAUUUUAUCGACUUGGGCCUUCGGCGCACGAAAGCGCGACCCGGCGUCCCUUCUCGAAACGCUCGAACCCGACAGCGACUCCCCCAGGUGUCUAUGUGCAAGAUGUGCGGCACCAAGCACAGCAAGACCUUCGAGCUCCUCACCGACCUCAGCCCCGCCGCCUGGCCCUACGACGACAAGUCCGAAUGCCAGCCGAGCCGCCCCUGCAAAAGCCCCAUGGAGGCCAUCCAGGCCGGCAAGAACCGGCGCCACCCCGUCCGCCUGGGAUGGGACGCCUGUGCCUCAGGGUCUAAUGCCUUAACGACGGGCGCGGCUGCGGGCGUGGCGGGCCCGGCCGCGGCGCCCGACGCAGAGGCAACUGGAGGGGGGGACGAAUCCUCCGGGGAGGAGUCCGCCCCGGCGUCCCCGGCAGCGACCGCGGCGCAACCAAGGAUGUUGAUAGCGGCUUCGCCGGGCAUGGGCGAGGGAACUGACGUGCGGAUUAAGCUGGCGAACGAUGUGUUUGGCGUGGGGGUUGUCACCGGGCAGCGCAACUUUGAUGGGACCUACCCGGUGGCAGCUCAAAGCGCGGCCAGGGAUUAUCUGGAUCAGGACGUCCUGACGCUGGUGGCAGCUGUGGAACAGGCCCUCGAAGGGGCUGAGGGCGAGGGAGUUGUUUUGGCACCUCCGGUUUUCGGUCUCUUCGACGAUGUGGAAAGCAUGCUGCAGGUGCACAUACUGCGGCUGGGAGCAGCCCUGAAGGAUGUGGCUACAAGGAAGGCCAGGAAUUCAGAGGAUCGAGGAUCCGAGCUCGCGUCAGCCUGGGUCUUUAGGGCUCAAGGUGAUGGAAGAGCUAUUGGGCGGGUCUCUGGCUCCGAAGGCCAAGGCGCUGUGCGCUGGCCUGGAGGACGCGGGUCGCACUAUGGCGGUGGCGAAAACAGUGCUGGGCAAGCCGCCGGAGGACGACUUGGGCCGAGCUCUGCAGCGGGUGGCGCGGUCCACGGGCGCUUGCGACGUGGUUGCAAGAGGAACCAAUGGCAAUACGCUGGUCACCCUCCGAAAGGGCGCGGAGGACGGGAUGGAGGAGCUGGCGCACAGGUCUGA